CUUUUAAUAUUAAAUUAAGACCAAAUCUACCUCAAACGAUAAUAAGAAAAGUUAAAAGACAUGAAGAAUAAAUUUAGGAAUACUGAUUCGGCGUUACGUGCCGGUGAUCUCAUUUUGACAGAACAACCUUUUGUAUAUGUUCUAUCAUCCAAAGAGAAGGGGAGUCGAUGUGAUAAUUGUUUGGAGAAGGGCAAGGUGCUCAAAUGCUCUGGAUGCCAGUUUGCACACUACUGUGGGCGUGCAUGCCAGAAAGACGCUUGGCCAGAUCACAAGUGGGAAUGCGCCAACUUAAAGCGAAUAACACCAAAGGUGAUCCCCGAUGCAGCUAGAAUAUUAGCAAAGAUCGUCAAUAAGCUGAGCAGAGGCGAUGGGCAUUCGCAUCGAGCAUUCUAUUCUGGUACAUCAUUUAGGAUGUGGAAGGAUCUUAUGUCACAUUAUUCAGACCUAAAGGCUGAUAAAAGAAGAAUGGAUCAUUUUACAUCAUUGUGCGGAGUUCUUUACGAGUUCCUGAGAGAUUUGUCGCUGCCAAAUACCGUGGAACUUUUGGGACUGUAUGGACGAAUGGUCAUCAAUAGCUUUACGAUUUUAGACAACGAAUUGAAUUCAAUUGGUACGGGUGUAUAUCUGGCCGCUUCCAUCCUCGACCAUAGUUGUGAUCCGAAUGCAGUAGCUACGUUCGACGGGAAGACGAUUAGCAUCAGAGCAACGAAAGACAUGCCUUGCUUGGACUGGUCUCAGAUACGAAUUUCGUACAUAGACUUAAUGAAGACUCCUUACGAGAGGCAAACCGAACUCCUAGACAAUUAUUACUUCUUAUGCCAGUGUGACAGGUGCAUGGAUGAGACUCAAUUGAAAAUGGUACAUGCUGCAAAGUGUCUCAACAAAUCCUGUGAUGACCCAGUUAUUAUAUCUUGGAAAGAAAACUGUCAGCUCGUCCGGAAAUUUGAACAAAACACGCCAAUUUCUGAUGGAGAAUUUGCCUCUGACUGUGCAGAGGUAAAUGGGGGACCUAAUGGUUUUGUUGAUCAAUUCGCCAAUGACAACGGCAUAUCUACCUCUGAUGAUGUUGUGCGUUGUAGUGGGUGCGGCACUAAAUAUACUGAGAAUCAUCUCGAACAAUUCGUCAAGGCUAUGGAAUUCACAGAGUUACAUUUACAGAAUAUGAAAGAGGCUUCUGUGGCUUAUGUUGACGUUUGUAAAUAUUGUUUGGAAAGACAAGAAGGAGUUCUGCAUCCACUCAAUGUGAUGCAUGCUCAAACGCUGGAUCAUGCCUUUGAUGCUUUUGUUCAAGUUGAACUUUGGCAAAAAGCAUGCGAGUAUGCUGAGAGGUUGAUUCCAUGUUUUAGGUUCUAUUACGGAGACCGACAUCCUUUAUUAGGAUUACUACAUCUAAAGUAUGGGAAGAUACUGUUGUAUACAAUGGAAUUAGAUAAGGCAUUACAUCAAUUAAAGUCUUCAGAGAAAAUUCUGAAAAUCACUCAUGGUGAUAAACAUCCUCUGUAUAAAGAACAGUUGAUGCCGUUACUCAGACAAGCAGUGAUUGAAUCAUCACAUUAAGUUUUGAUAUUAUCUACUUUGUCAAUUAUUUUUGUUCAUCAAGGCUGUGUGUGCAAUAAACUUUUAAGUCUUAAGUUC